AUGUACUUCUUCCUCGCCAACCUGUCUUUUGUAGACAUCUGUUUCACCUUCACCACCGACCCCAAGAUGCUGUGGAACAUCCAGGCUCAGAGCAAAGUCAUCACCUAUGCCGGCUGCCUCACGCAGAUAUACUUUUUCAUACUCUUUGCUGGAUUCGAUGACUUUCUCCUGGCUGUAAUGGCCUAUGAAAGGUUUGUGGCCAUCUGUCACCCCCUGCACUACACGGUUAUCAUGAAACCUUCCUACUGUGUACUGCUCGUUCUGGUGGUCUGGGUGAUGAGUGUCCUGAAUUCCUUAUUAGAAAGCUUAACGGUGUUGUUGCUGUCCUUUUGUACAGAUGUGGAAAUCUCCCACUUUUUCUGUGAAAUCAAUCAGGUGGUCCAACUGGCCUGUUCUGACACCUUUCUUAACGACAUGGUGAUGUAUUUUGCAACUGUGCUGCUGGGUGGUGGUCCCCUCGCUGGGAUCCUUUUCUCUUACUCUAAGAUAGUUUCCUCCAUAUGUGGGAUCUCAUCAGCUCAGGGCAAGUAUAAGGCAUUUUCCACCUGUGCAUCUCAUCUCUCUGUUGUCUCCUUAUUUUAUUUUACUGUCCUGGGAGUGUACCUUAGCUCUGCUGCUCCCCAGAGCUCCCACUCAAGUGCAGUAGCCUCGGUGAUGUACAUGGUGGUGACGUCCAUGCUGAACCCCUUCAUCUACA